UCCUCCUCCUCCUCCUCCUGCUCCUUCCCUCCAUCAUGGCGGCCAAGUCGGACGGAGGCUUGGCGUCGGGGGGCUCUCCUUCCUCGUGCUGCUCUUCUCCGCCGCCUUCUUCCUCUUCGGGGGCCACUCUUCGGAGGGAGGCCCCGGGACCCCUCGGGGGCAGCCUCUCCCGCCCCUCCCGCCCCGGACCCGCUGCUCCUUCCUCCUCCGCUGUCAAGAGCCCCAACCCGGGCCUCCCCGCCCCUCCCGGGCCGGUGCUGGUGCUGGUGCCCCCGGGGGGCUCUGGGUGCGGAUCCGGAGGCGGAGGGCAAGGCCUGGAGGCCGUCCCCGGGGCCCCCCGCCGCCGCCCUGGGGCCCGCUACAGCGCGGGGGACUGCUGCUGGGUGCUGGGCGCCCUGCUGGUCUUCUUCUCGGACGGGGCCAGCGACCUCUGGCUGGCGGCCCACUACUACCUCGGCGGGCAGCUCUGGUGGUUCGCCCUCACGCUGCUCUUCGUGCUGCUGCCCUCCCUCGUCGUCCAGGCCCUCAGCUUCCGAUGGGUCGUCUACGACUUCGCCGGCAGCGCCGCCCCGAGCCCCGCGCCCACGGCCCCAGCCUUCAGCACCAAGGACAGCGGCUCCGCCAGCGCCAGCGCCUCCCCCGCCCGGCCGCCAGGGGGAGCCCCAGGGCACUCAGCAGUCGCAGCCCAAGGAGCAGCAGCAGGAGGAGGAGGAGGAGGGUGCUGCCGGCUCUGCGUCUGGCUCCUCCAGUCCCUCAUCCACCUCCUCCAACUCGGACAGGUCUGGAGGUACCUCCGGACCCUGUAUCUGGGUCUUCAGAGCCGUUGGCAGUCUGAACAUCGCCGGCGCCACUUCUACUGGAGGAUGAUGUUUGAAAGUGCUGACAUCAGCAUGCUGCGUCUCCUGGAGACCUUCCUUAAGAGCGCCCCACAGCUGGUGCUCCAGCUUAGCAUCAUGGUGCACCAGAACUACAUUGAGCCAUUGCAGGGUCUCUCGGCUUCAGCCUCCUUGGUCUCCCUGGCAUGGACCCUCGCCUCGUACCAGAAGGUGCUACGGGAUUCACGGGAAGACAAGCUGCCCAUGUCCUACAAAGGGGCGGUGGUGCAGAUCCUCUGGCACCUCUUCACCAUCGCCGCCCGGGCCAUCGCCUUCGCCCUCUUUGCCUCUGUGUUCCAGCUCUACUUCGGCAUCUUCAUCGUCACUCACUGGUGCAUCAUGACCUUCUGGAUCAUCCAAGGCGAGACGGAUUUCUGCAUGUCCAAGUGGGAGGAGAUCAUCUACAACAUGGUGGUGGGCAUCAUCUACAUCUUCUGCUGGUUCAACGUCAAGGAGGGCCGGAGCCGGUGCCGCAUGUCCAUCUACUAUACCAUCACCCUGUUGGAGAACGCCGCCCUAACUGGGCUCUGGUACUGGUACCGGAGCGAGAAGAACAUCUCCGAAUCCAACGCCUUAAUCAUCGUCUGUGUUGUCACAUCCAGCUUCGCUUUAGGUGUCUUCUUCAUGUUCAUCUACUACUGCCUCUUGCACCCCAAUGGGACCAUUUUUGGGACACAGAGCACAGGCUGCAUUUGCAGCGAGGAGACCACUGCAGUCCCCAGUGGUGCGGGGGUACCUGGGGAUAUCAUCACCAGCCCCCCGCGCUCCUUGCCAAGGACUACAGGGGCCGAGAGGGAGGGGGUAGCUGGAGACAGAGACAGCUGCGUGCCGGUCUUUCAGGUCCGGCCUAGUGUCCCCCCGACCCCUGUGCCCCGUGCCCCACGGACAGAAGGCCCCGUCAUCCGUAUUGACUUGCCACGGAAGAAAUACCCUGCCUGGGACGCCCAUUUUAUCGACCGGCGCCUCCGGAAGACCAUCCUGGUGCUGGAAUACAGCUCACCCACCACGCCGCGCUUGCAGUACCGCAGUGUGGGAGCUUCGCAGGAGCUGUUGGAGUAUGAGACCACCGUGUAAAAAAAAAUGAACAAUGAAUGAGCUGCAAGCGACCCUGUGCUUCGGGGUCCCCUUCCUGAGUGUAAGGGCCAGGCCUGGCUUUUCUAAGAAGCCAUGGCAAAUGGGUCUCGGGUUCUGUUCCCUUGCCACGGUCCAUGGGGAGCAAGCGGGGGGAACGUGGAGACCCCCAAAGCAGCAGGCCGCUUCCCGUUUCUCGUUGGCAAUUUUGGUUGAUUGUUCCUCCUCUGUGAAGACCUCCAUCUCUUCCUUUCUUCCUUCUUUUCCUCUUCCCCCCAUCCUGGCUCAGACUCCCUUCCCAAAUGGGCCAAUUUUGGUGCUACUUUCCCUCUUUUCUAAGGUUGCCCAAUGGGCUACGGGCCACCAUUAAGGAAACAAUGCCGCCGUCUCUCCCUCAGGUAGUCCAGGUGGUUUCUCAUCUGCCCUGGAGGCCCCGACAGGAGGGGUGCCCUCUCCAAGUAUCCUGUCCCCCCCUGAAAAAGUGGUGGUUGGCAAUGGCUUCUCCCCAAAUACCUCACCUGUUGUUACCUGAGCCAGGCAGUGUAGGCCUCGUUUUUGGAGGUGAUGGAUUUCCGUUACCUGAGGGUCAUCGGGGGGGAGGGCUGGCACAGAGGGGGGGGAUUGAUGGUGGCUUGUUUAAGGGCAGGUGGCAGAGGGUUAAUUCAAGGUUCAUUUAAGAGCAAGCGAUGGAGAGUUAAUUGCCGGAUCCUAGGUGAAGAAUGACGAAAUGAAAAAUAUGUCCACCCAGGGAAUCAUAGCGGGGCAAGAUCUGUGGCACUGGGCACUAAUAGUCAAUGGCUGCGUGGCACAGGCUAGCAUUGGGCAGAAAGGGGGUAUGAGGGUUGAAA